GGGUGUAACUCUAACCAUGCUUUUUCAAGGCGGCGUGAUGACAUAAUGUGCAAUUUGUAAAUUUUAUUUAUUUUGUUGACUCUUUUGUAUAAAAACAAACGUAACAUGGUCAUUGCCAUAGGAUUUGAAGGGAGUGCCAAUAAACUUGGCAUAGGUAUCAUUCAAGAUGGUGUUGUCCUUUCAAACCCAAGACACACCUACAUAACUCCACCGGGAGAAGGUUUUCUUCCACGGGACACAGCAAAACACCACCGAGAACAUGCACUGGACAUUUUACAAGCAGCUUUACAAGAGGCAAAAGUCACUCCAGAACAGAUUGAUGUUGUGUGUUAUACAAAAGGGCCGGGGAUGGGAGCUCCACUCAUUUCCACAGCUGUUGUUGCCAGAACUGUAGCUCAACUAUGGAAGAAACCCAUUGUAGCUGUAAAUCAUUGUAUAGGUCAUAUAGAAAUGGGUCGGUUAAUAACUGGAGCAGUCAAUCCUACAGUACUUUAUGUCAGUGGUGGCAACACUCAGGUGAUAUCAUAUUCACAGAAACGCUACAGAAUAUUUGGUGAAACUAUUGACAUCGCAGUCGGCAACUGCCUUGACCGAUUUGCUCGUGUAAUAAAACUUUCUAAUGAUCCAAGUCCAGGUUAUAAUAUAGAACAACUGGCUAAAAAGGGUGAAAAAUUCCUUGAAUUACCCUAUGCAGUGAAAGGCAUGGACGUGUCUUUUUCAGGCUUAUUGUCAUUCAUUGAAGAAAGAGCACCUGUAUUGAUUAAAAAAGGGGAAUACACACCAGCUGAUUUAUGUAUGUCAUUACAAGAGACAAUAUUUGCUAUGUUAGUAGAAAUUACAGAAAGGGCUAUGGCUCAUUGUUGUUCACAAGAAGUGUUAAUUGUGGGCGGAGUUGGCUGUAAUAAACAUUUACAAGAAAUGAUGAGGAAGAUGGCAGAGGAAAGGGAUGCUGUACUUUAUGCUACAGACGAAAGAUUUUGUAUUGAUAAUGGUGCCAUGAUAGCACAAGCAGGACUAGAAAUGUUUAAAUGUGGAAUGACUUCACCUCUAGACGACACAUUUUGUACCCAGCGUUACCGAACAGAUGAAGUGUUGGUGAAGUGGAGAGAAUAAAAAAAAUGGUAUUAAAUUAAUUGAAGAUGUACAUGUAAUGAAAUUUUCAAGUUUUUAACAGUUACUGUAAAACACAUAAAUAAGAAAUUAAACUCAGUGUGAAAAAAUUGUGUUUUGAACCGUGAUUGAAUGAAGCAACUAUGUGUGAAAAAUUUAUAAUUUAUUGUGCAUCUAUACCCAAAAUGAUGUACCAUUCUGUUCUAGAUCUGCAUCUAAAUAUCAGUAACUUGAUAUGUAAUCCAAAUAACAAAAAUAACUUGUAACAUUUCCACAAAUUAGAUUUAUUUUGUCUAUUAACCCUUUUUAUUGCCACAUAUUAAAAGGCAGCAAUUUUUGCAAGGGUUCUAUAUACCAGUUGUGUGGUGAUUAAAUAAUAUUAACUUUA